AGGUGGAAGGGGGCGGGGCGUGGGCCUGGGGCGAGUGAAUGGGGGGCGGUCCUGGAAGUGACCGGGGUGGGGGGGCGGCUCAAGAAUGGGGCGGGGUCGGUUCCCAGCAAAGCGGGGGAUUCCCUCCUGCCCGGAGGGCGGGUCUUCCUCCCGGGAAGGGUGCAGGGGAAAGGCCGCGGAGAUCCCUCUCCCUGAGUCCCGCGGUUCUCCCGCUGCGGCGGCGGAAAGUCCGCCCCCAGCGCAGCGCCCUCCAGGCCUGUGGGAGGUGAGGGAGGUGGAGCGAGGCGGUGGCUGUCCCCUCCCCUGGCUCCUCCUUCACCCCCGGCCCUCCCCCCAAGCCAGUUUGUCCCUCCCCUCCUUUCCCCCGCCGCCUCCUCCUGCCUCUACCGCUGCUUUGGCUGCUGCGUCAUACGCCCUAGAGCCGCCGGGACGGAGGGGCUGGGCCCGGGGACCCCCGGUCUCCGCCUGUACGCCCCCCGACGCCCAGACCUGCCUUCCCCGUGCGGGGGACUCGCCCAGGUCUCCGACGUCUGCCCGCGCCCCGCUCCCAGCGGCCCCAGCUGUCACUGACACCCCCCCAGGAUGCAAUGGCACAGCCCCCCCGGCUGAGCCGCUCUGGUGCCCCUUCACUUUGGGACCCUGCUUCAUCUGCUACCACCUCAGGCCUCAGGCCUCGGCUUUGGGAGGGUCAAGAUGUUCUGGCCAGGUGGACAGAUGGGCUCCUAUACCUGGGAACCAUUAAAAAGGUGGACAGUACUCGAGAGGUGUGUCUGGUCCAGUUUGAGGAUGACUCCCAGUUUCUGGUUCUAUGGAAAGAUAUUAGCCCUGCUGCCCUCCCCGGAGAGGAACUUCUCUGUUGUGUCUGUCGCUCUGAAACUGUGGUUCCUGGGAACCGGCUGGUCAGCUGUGAAAAGUGUCGCCACGCUUAUCAUCAGGACUGCCAUGUUCCAAGGGCCCCAGCCCCUGGAGAGGGAGAGGGCACAUCCUGGGUCUGCCGCCAGUGCGUCUUUGCCAUCGCCACCAAGAGGGGUGGUGCGCUGAAAAAGGGACCCUACGCCCGGGCCAUGCUAAGCAUGAAGCUCUCUCUGCCAUAUGGACUAAAGGGACUGGAAUGGGACGCUGGACAUCUGAGCAACCGGCAGCAGAGCUACUGCUAUUGUGGUGGCCCUGGGGAGUGGAACCUGAAAAUGCUACAGUGUCAGCACUGCCUGCAGUGGUUUCAUGAGGCUUGCACCCAAUGUCUGAGCAAGCCCCUCCUCUACGGAGACAGAUUUUAUGAAUUUGAAUGUUGUGUAUGCCGGGGAGGCCCGGAGAAGGUCAGGAGGCUACAGCUUCGCUGGGUGGAUGUGGCCCAUCUUGUUCUCUAUCACCUCAGUGUUUGCUGUAAGAAAAAAUACUUUGAUUUUGACCGUGAGAUACUCCCCUUCACCUCUGAGAAUUGGGACAGUUUGCUUCUUGGGGAGCUCUCAGAUACACCCAAGGGAGAACGUUCUUCUAAGCUCCUCUCUGCUCUCAACAGCCACAAAGACCGUUUCAUUUCAGGAAGGGAGAUUAAGAAGAGGAAAUGCUUAUUUGGUCUUCAUGCUCGCAUCCCUCCCCCUGUGGAGUCCCUUACUGGAGAUGGAGACCCAACCAGCUUCCCUUCAGGGCAGGGCCCUGGGGGAGGGGUCUCACGUCCCCCGGGGAAGCGCCGGAGAUCGGAGCCAGAUGCUGUGAGGAGGAGGCAGAAGGGGAAAAUGGAGGAGCUGGGGCCACCCUCAGCAGUGCGCAAUCAGCCUGGGCCCGAGGAGCAGAGGGAGCGGGCACGUCUGCAGAGCGCACUGCAGGCCUCGGUGUCUCCACCAUCCCCCAGCCCUAACCAGAGUUACCAGGGCAGCAGCGGCUACAACUUCCGGCCCACAGAUGCCCGCUGCCUGCCCAGUCCCAUCCGGAUGUUUGCUUCCUUUCACCCCUCUGCCAGCACUGCAGGGACCUCUGGGGAUGGUGAACCCCCAGACAGGUCACCCCUGGAACUUCACAUUGGUUUCCCCACAGACAUCCCUAAAAGUGCCCCCCACUCGAUGACUGCUUCAUCUUCCUCAGUCCCAGCUCAUUCCCCAGGUCUUCCUAGACGCUCAGCACCCCCUUCCCCUUUGUGCCGUAGUUUGUCUCCUGGGACCGGGGGAGGAGUCCGAGGUGGGGUUGGCUACCUGUCCCGAGGGGACCCUGUUCGUGUCCUUGCUCGGAGAGUACGGCCUGAUGGCUCUGUGCAGUACCUGGUUGAGUGGGGAGGUGGGGGUAUCUUCUGAACAGCCUCUACCCACCCCAUUCACACACAAGGCACUUUCAAUACCCUGACCUCUGACCUCACCAACAGCUGGGAUGUACCUGGGAAAGUAGGGGGUAGUUCUUCCUACUACCCAGGCUGGAAUCCAAGUGAGGGGCUGGGGAAGAUACUUCUCUACUCCUUUCAUGAUUCCUGACUCCUCCCCCUCACCCCAUUUCCUUUGAUGUUAUUUUGUUACAGCUUUUUAAAUAUUUUUAAAGAUUAUUUAACCCCUGAGUAAGGAGACUUUGGAGGUGGGGGGGUGAUAAAGGAUCUUGACUCUGUAUGAUUGAAAUAAAGAUAAAUAAAUCUAA